GCACCUUUCCUCCAAUCACUGCUCGCAUUUAGAUAAACCAACCAAUGGUAUUAAGCUUUUCAUCACUGUAGGCGGAACUUCCGGUUCCCUGUAUAAACCGAGCGAGGCCUCUCCAUGCGGUUUGGAUCCGGCAGUUUGAGAGCUAACGUCGUGCAGAGAAACUCGAAAACACAUCUAUAAUGGCUGAGAAUGACGAAAAUGAGCUGCUCGAUUAUGAAGAGGAUGAGGAGCCACAAGGAGCCCCUGAGAGUGCAGCUCCCACAGGGAAGAAGGAGGUGAAGGGAUCCUACGUUUCCAUCCACAGCUCCGGCUUCAGGGAUUUUCUUCUGAAACCAGAACUGCUUCGCGCCAUCAUAGACUGUGGUUUUGAGCAUCCAUCUGAAGUCCAGCAUGAAUGCAUCCCGCAGGCCAUCCUCGGCAUGGACAUCCUGUGCCAAGCUAAGUCUGGUAUGGGCAAGACGGCUGUGUUUGUCUUGGCCACGCUGCAGCAGAUUGAACCUGUUGAUGGGCAGGUAUCUGUAUUAGUCAUGUGCCACAUAAGAGAGCUGGCCUUCCAGAUCAGCAAAGAGUACGAGCGUUUCUCCAAGUACAUGCCCACUGUGAAGUGUGCCGUGUUCUUUGGAGGCAUGCCCAUCAAGAAGGACGAGGAAACCCUAAAGAAGAACUGCCCUCACAUCGUCGUGGGAACGCCCGGUCGCAUCCUCGCUCUCAUCCGCAACAAGACCCUAAGUCUGAAAAAUGUUAAACAUUUCGUCCUGGAUGAGUGCGACAAGAUGUUGGACCAGCUGGACAUGAGGCGUGACGUGCAGGACAUCUUCAGGAUCACGCCCCACGAGAAGCAGGUCAUGAUGUUCAGCGCAACCUUGAGUAAGGAGAUCCGACCGGUCUGCCGCAAAUUCAUGCAGGAUCCGAUGGAGGUGUUUGUUGACGAUGAGACCAAACUCACACUUCAUGGCCUGCAGCAGUACUACUGCAAGCUGAAGGACAGCGAGAAAAACCGCAAGCUCUUCGACCUUCUUGAUGUCCUGGAGUUUAAUCAGGUGGUGAUCUUCGUCAAGUCUGUGCAGCGAUGCAUCGCUCUGUCUCAGCUUCUGGUGGAGCAGAAUUUCCCGGCCAUCGCCAUCCACAGAGGAAUGGUUCAGGAGGAAAGGCUCUCACGCUACCAGCAGUUCAAGGACUUCCAGAGGCGGAUCUUGGUGGCGACCAACCUCUUUGGCAGAGGGAUGGAUAUCGAGAGAGUCAACAUAGUCUUCAACUAUGACAUGCCGGAAGAUUCUGACACCUAUUUGCACAGGGUCGCCCGUGCUGGUCGGUUCGGAACCAAAGGCCUGGCGAUCACCUUUGUGUCUGACGAGACCGACGCCAAGACCCUGAACGACGUGCAGGACCGCUUUGAGGUCAACGUGGCUGAGCUGCCGGAUGAGAUCGACAUCUCGUCUUACAUUGAACAGUCCAGAUGAGUUCCUCGGCCCUAAGCGAAGUCUCCUCCUCCUGGAUCCAGUCUUUUAUUUUGAAGUAGCUGUACUUCACCGAUUUGGAAGCUCUGCACGUUUGUUCGCUCUUUUUUUUUUUUUUUUUUUUUUCUUU